UUCUGUUCUUACAAAAGGCAGACCUGCAACAACAUGAUGCCACACUCGCGAGGUGCAUCUAUGCUUGGAGAAGUGGAAAAUUUUUGGAAGUCUUCCCUAAUUCUUCUGUAGGUGUCACAGGAAGCCACGCCCUGCUGCAUAUCAUACAUGCUAUAGCUGACUUAAGUAAAUACUGAGCAGUGACGGCCUGAGAUUUCCACCCUCUUGUUGCCUAUAGAUCAUAAAGCAGAACAGAUACUGGAAUCUUACGCUAUUUUGGGGGAAAUCAAACCGUACAUUCCAGCUCCACUCGGUUUUAAACACAGGAUUCUACAAAGCUCCUGACAGUUUUAUAUUUCCUGACAGUUUUUUGCAGCUAUUGAGCUCUCCCUUCAUGUCCUUUAUUGUAUUCCACUGGUGGAGAACACUUUCAAAGGUCCCCCGGUGAGUCAGUGUAGAUAAUGUGUGUGCAUGCACGCCUGUUUGCCGGUGUGCCUCGCUGGAAGUUGGAUAAAGUCUUGAAAAUUAUCCUCAUGAAGUGCAGACACACAGAUCCAUAGGUGUCAGUGUUUAUGUGUCUAUUUCAAGCUUAAAUUCAAAAUAAUAUUCCACGAGGGAAUCGUCACAAUCAGGCACCCUUAAAAAAUAUACAAUGCUUCAGCGUGGGAUGCCACUUGCAGAGAUACAGUGUGCGCUUUUAAUGUUUUCGCCCAGAAGUGACAUAACUUCGGCUCCCUUUCAUUCAAAUUCAUGCUGCGCUGAAGUCCUCGGGGAGCGUAAAAGACUAUUUUCUGAAUCAUCAAGCUACUUGUGGUGGAACCCUGACAGUUGUCUUACAGGAAGUCGUACCUUGCUGCAAGACAGAUUGUUCAAUCAGUGGUAAAUGCUGCAUGUCUCAAGAAAAUUGCAUCUCCUUGCUCACGAGCUCAAAUGUGAGGAGACAUAUGGCGCAUUUGAAAUGUUGGGGUGCAGACAAACGAAGGCAGCAACACUCUGAUGAUCUACAUGUGAGCUUCUUUUAUACUGCUUAAAAAUAUGCAUUAGGUUCUAUGUUGUCUGAUACCUCUGUUUUAAAAAAAGCAGAAACAGGCUGAUGUUCUCAAGGGCUGGUUCAGACAUGAUAUUCAUCACAGCCACACCUUGCAUAACUGAGGUUUGUAAGUGUUGAAAUAGACUAACCAUGUUACUGCACCGGCAAUGACAGGAAAGCGAAAUUACGUCUGAAGCUGGUUAGUCAUCUGAUAUCAAUUUCCAUAUGGCAACAGCUUCGUUAAACAAAAAAUAAAGCUGGCAGACAACAUCAUCAUCCCCUUUGUACAAGUUGUGGAUUUGCCAGAAAUCCUGAUGCACAAGCUGCAGCUAAAACAAACGAGACCCCCGUUGAAUUCAACAGAUCAGGAUGGGAUCUCAUGAAGGGGGGGGGGUGGAUUUGUUGAAAGUUUAGUUUGACUGGGAUCAGCAGGAGAGCGGUUGUCACCCCGUCGUCCCCGUUGUGCACUAAAUAUAAGACGCUCUCAGAGAUGUUGGGAGACAUGCGGCGGGAAGUGAGAGGACAAGCAAAACAAAUACAUCAGUCCUGCUGUCUCCCUGGCAGGUCCGUUAUGAAUAAUUUAUCCAGAAUGACGGAUGUUUUGGAUGUUUGGUUCUCCGGAAUCACAGCUGUAACUGAGGACUGCCAUGAUGGCGGAGCUGCUGAAGGUCAACGGCGCACCCUGAAAGAUGAGACUUCGUCUAGUCGCCGGCUGUUUUCAGACACAACGGAGAGACUUCCCUCGGGGCCCAGACACAGUCACUCUGAGUUCAGCCCGUCUGAAGACCUCGCUGAUGCCACAUACGUCAAACGCCCUCCAUUAGGCCUCAUCUGCCCUGAUUGCUGGAAUGCUGUGCAGCCAAAGACACGAUAGAUGCUGCACAAACAACCCUCACUGUCACAACAGGCUCCGGGAGAACAGCGCUCACUGUGUUCAGGGGGAUUCCUAGCGGCACCAUAAUGGGAGUCAUGUGGAUCCACUCUCUGCAAGACAAAAAACGACCUUAUCUCAUCCGUCCUUUAAGAACGUCUCCGGGUUGGUAAGGAGACGCGUUCGUCGACCUAUGAAGAGCGUCCCGUCGAGCGUGUCAACCAUUAGAGGAGGGUACACGUCGCAUCACACCACGACGGGACUCCAUUUAGGCUGAAGUCAGACUGGGGGGGCCAAGCGUUUACCAUCGCAGCCAUGGAGCCGUUUGUUGCAGCUUAACCUUCUGCAUGGAAAGCGCCAGGCGGAUUGAAACAUGUACAAACACGCAUCUCCUCAGAGGAGCGAUGAGGCGGUCCAGGGUCUCGCUGUCGCCUCCUCCAAAACAUCUGCGUCCUUUGUCGCCGUCAGCGUCACAAUAUGGUUUAUCAUGGCUCAGAUGUGCCAGGGUCAACUGAGGGCACAGCUCGGGACAACCCCCAACAUUAAACACAUUGUGGUUGGAAGGUGUUACACCUACGUCACAAUAGUCAACCCCAGCUUAAGUUACGACUGUGAGGAGAUCUGGAGACAGUUUGAGGAGGCGGUGGUCCAUCAGUCUUCUUGUAACGUCUCAGUGGAGGAUUAUUAUCAGAUGUUUAAUGUGAUGCCACAGAUCUGGCCUUGCAACAGGUUCCUGUUCUGGAGUAAAACCAGGACACUGAUGCACAGCUACGCAGCUGUUUUCCGGCACUUCUGGACGCUGGAGGACACACUGGUCGGCUACAUGUUCAAUGACCUCAUCUGGUGUGGCCAAGACGAGGACUCGGGUUUUGAUUUCAGCUCUUGUCCGAACUGGUCAGCAUGUAGAAACCAUCCAGUCUACUCUCUGUGGAGACAAGCCUCGCAAAAUUUUGCAGAGACGGCGUGCGGAAACAUCACUGUGUUACUGAAUGGAUCUAUUGUUAACGCCUUCAACAGGAAAAGCAUGUUUGGAAGUGUUGAACUGGACAACCUGAAUCCUCAGAGGGUGGAUUAUGUCAACAUUAAGGUGGUGACCGACCUAAAAGGACCCCAUAUAGAAUCAUGUAGUCAUGGAUCCAUUGUGGACCUGAUCCAGAUCCUCCAGUCCAGAGGUUUCCGCUGGACCUGCACCGACAACGACCAGACCCUGAUGAUCCUUCAGUGUAUCCAGGACCCCAAGCAGUCGUCCUGCCAGACGUGUGCAAACAGCCUCCAACACAGAACGAGCUUAUCGUCCGACUGAAUGCCGCUCCGUGUAGUCUGAUGCUGGUAUUUAUACUGGGUGAAGGUGGAAUUAAGGUCACUGUUAAAUAAGCAAACAGCCGACACUGUGAAUGCUGACAUCUCGAGACAAAGGUCAGAGAUCGGCAGCUCCAAUGAUUUCUUGAAUGAGAUGUGUGUUCAGAUUAAGUCUUUGCAGAAAAACCCUGAGUGUCUGUUUUCCAAGAGCUCCGGGCGUACUCUCAGCAGGAUUGUGUUGGGUGAAAAAGAUCAGUCAUAUUUUGGCAUGAAAUUAUUUGAACACAGCCCUUUGGUGGUCAGAUAUUGUCGGGUUAAAAACCUGCUUGGAUGAGUGCUGGUGAUGAGUGGGGCUCUGAAGCACGUUAAUAAUAAUAAUAAUAAUAAUUUCUAAAACACCAGUUUGUCGUGCUGUCUGUUUUUAUGGUGACCACAGAUCACAGAGGAUGCAGUGCAAGCCCUGAACAUUAAAAUAUUCUGUGAUAGUUUGGAGAAUAUUUUUUUAAAAACGUUGGUUUCAGUAGCAAGUAUCACAAUACAGCGUGCUCAGCUUUCAUGAAUAUAAAGCUUCAGGGUGGAACACACCCACAUGAAACUUGAGUUGUUUGCUUUGUUUUGCCGUUUCCCGUUCAUAUCGAAACCACAGUUUGGAGUUUGAUCUGAUCUUGGAACCAUAACGUACUUAUCGCCUACUCUGCCACUUCAUUUAUUAUUUAUUUAUGAGGUCAUUCCAGUAGGACACAUCUUAGACAUGCCUGUAUUACUGAGCAAUUAAGUCGUUAUAAAAACUGGGACGACAAACCUGUUUACUGGAGCGGCUAACCUUUACUUCUGACUCCCUCGCUUUUGCUCUGUGGCGUUUCUCAACACGUUCGCUAUUGACAGCUUUUUCAUGACCUUUGAAUUAUAGCCCACAAACAUCCUUCAGCAUAUCUAUUAUUAACCCACUUACUCGCUCGACACAAAACAUCGUGGACAUGUUUAUGCUUGCACCACGCAUACAUUUUUGUGCUUUUUUGAAUAACUCCCAUCCUGAAUUGCACUGCGGCCAAUCAGAAGGUGUCUGUAUCUAGAACUGUGGUUACUGUAAGUUAUUAAAAAGCACGUUUGAUGGAUCUGUUGUGGGUUCAUAUCUGAAUGUUUACACUUCAGAUUUUGAAGUUUAACUGAAUUUAGAGCUGCAAAAAUAUAUAAUGUAGCCUAUUUAAUUAUUUACCAUUUAUUUUGUUGUCUUGUUGUUAAAGGCGUCCAUUAGUGAGCAUUUACACCCUCCACAAGGAAGUGCAAUGUACAGAUAAUGCAUCUUAUUGAACUUUAAAUAGCUUUAUUGCUGUUAUUGAAGUAUUGUUGUUUUGGUUGGUACCAUUGGGGGCAGGCUCGUUUAAUCGUUAUAUAUUUAAUCAUUCACGUUUUAUCUUUUUAUGUGUCUGUUAUUAACCUCAUCAUUCCUAAUGUCCUAGAUAUGGGCCUUUCACAAUAAAAGUCUUUAUUUUUGUUUCUUAGAGGCAGUGGUGAAAGAGGUAUGCAUUAGGUAAUGACAUUACUCUCUGCACACAAAUACUCAAUUUCAAAUGAUUCAGAUUUAAAAGUGCACAAAGUAAAACCACAGAAAUAUUUGCAAUUAAAUGUUAUUUGUUGUUGGGUGAAAUGGAGCUAAUAACUCAUCUACUCCACUGUUUAGCGUAUAUGUACAACAAUGCAUCAUAUAAACUGCUAUAUUUUCAUAUAUGUUUGCAGUUUUGAUCUGAAUUGCUCACUAAUUAUUAAAAGUAAAAGUAGUUCCAAUUGAUACAAACUUACUUGGACUUCUGCUGCUUUAAACAUGUACUCCACCAUUUCAGAGGGAACUAUUGUGCUUUUUAUUCCACUGCUUAAUAAAUAAGCAAACAUAUUAGCGCAUUUGUCCGAUAAAU